AUGACUACGCUGCUGGACCUGAAGAGUAGUGUGAUGCGGCAGGUGCAGAGGAGCCAGUCGCUGAGAAGUCGGAGGGAGCCCCCCCCCUCCACCAGCAGCAGCCCGCUCACACACUGUCCUGAGGUGUUACCCCGCCGGGUUUCGGAGGAGAGCGUGGAGUUCUUCGAGCGUAUGAACGCCAUCCUGCAGAAACAGGAGAACAUGAUGCGGGCGGCCCAGGUUGAGAGCCAAAAAGGGGCUUGCACGGUGCCGCCACCCCAGGAGCAUGUGGACCAGGCCUUUAUCCCCGAGAGGAUCAACAGGACAGAGCUGGAUCUCCUUUAUGAGGAAGCCGUGUACACGGUGGUCAACAGGGUCGGCGUGCCGGCGCCUGAACACGUGAAAAGCGACGACGAACUGUUUGCUUACUUACUGAAGGUGUUUGAUAUGGCUGAAGAGGAACACGACAUUAUUCUGCAAAAAGUUCGAGAGUCCAAGCGAGCCAAUUUUUCUUUGAGAGUUUCUGUCAUGAAAGCAAAGAAUCUGAUGGCCAAGGACGCAAACGGAUACAGCGACCCCUACUGCAUGCUGGGAAUCCUGGUGGGCCAGAGCCCUCGGGAAACGGAGGAGAAGAAGGAGAGAAAGUUCAGCUUCAGAAAGAGGAGGGAGAAGCUGGAGAAACGUUCCAGCACCAAGGAGGUGUUACCCGCCAGGUGUAUCCAAGUGACCGAGGUCAAGCCGGAGACUCUCAACCCCGUGUGGGACGAGCACUUUGUGUUUGAAGUUGAUGAUGUCCACAACGACCUGUUACAUCUGGACAUAUGGGAUCAUGACGAUGAUGUGUCUGUUGCAGAGGCCUGCAAAAAGCUGAAUGAAGUCAGUGGACUUCGAGGAAUGGGCAGGUAUUUUAAGCAAAUAGCAAAGUCGGUGCGUUCCAAUGGAUCUGCAUCAUCCGGCUCCGAAGAGAACGCCGAUGACUUCCUCGGAUGCCUCAACCUUCCUUUGAAUGAGAUCCCGGUUGCAGGUUACGAUACCUGGUUUAAACUGGAGCCUCGGUCGAGUGCGUCUAAAGUUCAGGGAGAAUGCCACCUGAUCCUGAAGCUCUUCACCAACCAGAGAGACACGGCUUUAUCUAAGAGGGACACAAAUGUCUCCAUUCACAAGAAACUGCUGAGUCAGAUGGUGGAGUAUGAGCACGCUCAUGUCAAGAGAGAGCCGUACAACUGGAACGGGCAGGUUUCUCCUCCUGCAUGGACCGUACUAACUCACCAUGGUGUUCAAAAUGAUCUCUCGCCUCUCCAGCAGGCCAUUAUCCGCUGGCAGUGCUACAGCAGCCAUCACCGGAACCAGAGGGUGUGCUACUCCCUGCUGCUGCGCCUCCUGAGGACCAUCGAUGCAGAGUGGGAUCCUCCUGCUGUGCGGGGAGACCUGGAGAGGCAGCUGUCAGACAGCUUCAGGCUGUACAUAGAGCACUGCCUAUGCCUGAUGAAGAACAUGCGUCAGGUUUACCCCUGCUCCAGCGCCGCCGCCAUCACACGCUACGAGCUCAUGCUGAGGGGGAUUGGCUACAUGCAAAACAUGAGAGCAUUUAAGACUGUCUGUCCUCUUCGAAAUGAGCUGCAUUUGGACAUCACCACUGCUGUCAAGAAAGGAACAGCCGAGUGGUAUGAAGGCUUAAUUGCACGCUAUAAACCAGAGGAAGGGACUCUGGAGGAACAGCUCAAGAAGCUGGUGCAGGUAAUCGAUGCCGUGUGUGCAGAUGUGCAGAGAGGCCAGGACAUCUACAACAAACUGUUUUACAGUGCAGUGAAAGUCGAUUUCUUCAGCAUAUCAUACAGGCAGUUGGAGAAACAGGUGGCUGAUGAUGUGAAUGUAGCGAUGGAGAGGGUGUGCGGGACUCUGGAGCAGGAGAGCUCCAGGAUGACUCAGACGAUGGGAGAGACCAUCUUUGAGCUCUUCAUGUCCCUGAAAAUCCUCAAAGGCUUUCGGGAGUUUCUUCCACUCAAAGAUGCCAAAAUGCUGGCACUGACGGGCUUUAAUAACUGGUUCAAGUCCUCCAUUCAUAAGUGGCUGCAGAUUGUUCAUGACAGAUCUUGUGACAGGAUCUGUAAAGCAGUGGAAACGGAUACGCUGAAGCCUGUGCAGCACGCCAAGCACAGCUCGUCAGCAGUGGAAGUGACGGCGUGCUUCGGCCAGGUACGGGAGAUGUGGCUCCAGCUGGCCUGGCCAGACUCUGCGGGGGCCUUCAUCUUUGUCACUCGGCUGACUGACAAUUUCUGCAGCGAGGCCGUGUGCUACUCGGAGAUGAUAACACGCAAGAUUGAGAGGAACCAGCUGGGCCGAGACCACAAGAGCUUCACAGUGCAGCUGUGCAUCGCCCUGAACAAUACAGAGCAUGUGCGGGUUUUCCUGGGCCAUCUUCCCCGGGACCUGGACUGGCUGGGAGUGGAGCGGGCCAUGGAGGAGUCGUGUGGAGCCGAGGGGAAGGAGCAGGUUUACAAGGCCCUCAACGGUCAGCUGUUCAACGUGGACCAAGACCUGCAGAGAGAAGCCAAACGCCUCAUCUCUCUGCUCACUGACAAGAUGCUACCUGAGCUGCGGAGGUACAUCCAGCACAUCAGCCUGUCUCCUGACUCCAUCAACAACGACGACGCUGUUUCCCCUCUCAUGAAGUAUCUCCAAGACACCAUGGUCAUCCUGACUGACAAUCUUGUAAAGGAGAAUCUAACCAGAGUCCUGCAGAGCCUGUGGGAGCUGCUCCUGCGGAUGAUCCUGGACUCGGUUACAGAAAACAGGGGCGUUCAGGUGGAGUUUUACAACCGUUUCCAGUACACGGUGGAGACCCUGCUGCAGUUCUUCCACGUGAAGGGAGAGGGUCUGUCCUUGGAAGACAUGAAGAGCGGAGACUACAAGGCGUUGGAUGAAGAGCUCAGGCUGAAUAAAUGUUCCUCCUUUGAGCUGAUUGAGCAGUACUAUCUGGAGAAGAUUUCCCAUCAGAAAACACUCAAACACACCCGCUUCGGUCGGAUCAGUGUGAAGUGCUACUACGACGCUCCAGAGCAGAGACUGACGGUGGAGAUCCUGCACGCCGCAGAUAUCAUCGCUCUGGAUGCUAACGGUCUGAGCGACCCCUUUGUCAUAGUGGAGCUCUGCCCUCACCACCUCUUUCCACUCGCCAAGAGUCAACGCACACAAGUGAAGCUGAAGACGCUGCACCCGGUGUUUGACGAACUCUUUUACUUUCACGUCAGCCCCGAGCAGUACCGACACAGAUACGCCUGCUUGACCUUCACUGUGAUGGACUACGACUGGCUCUCCACCAACGACUUCGCCGGCGAAGCCGUCGCCCCCCUCAGCGACUUCUGCUGGCCCGGCAGACCAAACGCUACAGCGGCCGGCAAGAGCGUCCAGCCCGCCAUCCUGCACCUGUCUCGCAGUAAACCCAGCGAGAAGCCAAUCAUGCGGAUGCUGGACGCUCGCACCGGAGACAGGGAGGCUCAGGAGUUUGUCCGAAGGCUGAAGGAGAUUGAGAAAUCGAUGGAGGAGGAGUAAAACCUGUCAGUGUUGGCCGUAUUGCUGUUUUUCUGAUCACGUCUCGCGACAUGUGCUUUUGUACCGGUAAAAUGUUUACAAUGUUUGAUUUUUUUUUUCUCCCCGUCCUAAUGUAUUGUCCGUUCAGUAUUGAUACCAAAAUGAAAAAAAAAAAAAACAAAAAAGGAAUACGGUGAAGCGAUUCCCUGUUUCCUCGCUGGGAGAUGAACAUCCUGUCACUGUGCAACUCUAUGCUGUCUCAGUCAAAGUCUAUUUUUAGUAUUUAAUGAAUAGUUGAUGCUAAAUGUUACCAGUCUAUAUUUUUUUUAAAUGAAGUGUUAUCUUUGUUGUCUAAACUUUGAUAUGAUAGAUUUAACAUAAACUAUUUUGUGGAAGUAGCUAACACAUUGUAUAUCCUAUAGUUAUCAUUCUGACGUCUAAAUUUAUACCUCAGAUCUUCUCAUUCGUUGCAGGGGGAAUUUAAAUGAUGAGUUUCACGUUCUUCACUGUGGAGAUGAGCUGCACGAAAGCUUGUUUAGGAUGUGGAUGUACGGUAUGAGCCAGCAUUUAUUUCUCACUUUUUACGAUGGCUAAGAAUACGCAUUUUGGGAGCAAAAAAAAAGAGGAAGAGGCGGCGCAGCUUUGGAGAGCCUGAGUCUGAGAGUUUUAAGGCCGGUCAGAGAGAUCAGCUGCAGGGAGGCCUAACGCUCCCCCGAGGCAAACGCCAGCGCUCCAGUUCAUUCUGCUUUUCUGAUUGCUCCUCACAGAGCUAGCAGCAGGUCAUCCAAGAGGCCAAAAACAGUGCCACUUAAGUGCCAAGAAGACCAAUUAUUUUAACUCGGGCUCUUGUUGAGUGAGCACAGCACCAAAAAACUCAACGGAGAGAUGUUUAAAGAGAUAUUUGUUCAGUUUUUCAGGAAAGAGCAUCAUACAAGAAAACUGUAUGAAGCAGUGGCAGAUCUAGGAUUCCUCUUCGUAAGGGGGCCGAAACAAAACUAAGCAGUGACGGAUAGAAAAAAAGAGUUGAAGUAAAGAAGCUGAAGUGAUUUUAUAACAACACAUUGUUUUUUAUUUAUACCGUUAAAAUGAACACUGUUUUUCACCAUUGUUUUCUCUCCUUUGCCAAUAAGCGUACAUCUGCACAGAUUGUUCAUCUUUGCAUAUUAAUGGGGGUACAUCAGGACAUCUUGAUGAUCUGUAAUUGACCCUUGAUGACUCCAAAGAUAAUGCAAUCUGUGAAACAGUGGGUGGUCUUAUGGCCAGAUGGUGGAGUUUUAGCGAUAUUUAUAAGGGGAAAUAAAACUAAUUGCUGCCUAAGAGAUCAGAUGUUCAGAUGGCUCUGGUAAAAAAUAUCCAACAUUAGAUAACCUGGGUCAUCCCGACUUCGAAUCAGUGCAGUCUUGGACAUUUGAGACUUCUCUUCAGGGCAGAGAGGAAAGAAGAAAAGAAUAAUGAACCUGUACAGAUGUAUAAUUAUACUUCCUUGCCUGCAGCAGCUCUCACUGAACCGGCUGGAAAAAUUCAGCCUUAUCUGUUGCCUUCCUCCCAAAGCCAUGUGAGCGACUUCAAAGACCGGGAUCUUAAUAUUUUAGAA